UGCUCCAUUCCACCGGAGGGAUGACUCUCCGUCGAGGCUUAUAAAAGCCCUCCUCUGUUCCGUCUUCCUCGUCCUCCCUUCCUCUUCCUUUUCCAUCUUUCCUGUCUUCAUCUUACCUUCUUUGCCUCCACCAUCUUCUUUCAUCAAGUCAACCGCCCAAGCCGUCCGCAGUUCAACUCGGUAUCAAGACAUUGUUUCUUUAUACCAAUCUCCUUACCUGCUGUGUCUUUGUUUCCAUCGACGAGCAAUCACAGCCAUCAAUAUGACUACCCAGCACUACCAAGCUCCUGUCCUUCCCAUCAAUGUUCCCUCCAAGGCCCCGGCACCGGCCAGUCUCUACCCAGUCAGCCGCGUUUCCGGGUCCCCUCCGGAGCUCUCGGACACGAGCACUACUGCAGGAAGUCGCACAUCCGCUGGCUUUAGUUACGGCUCCGGAAGCCUCAGCGGCGAUUAUGAGUCCAGCUCUGCCUCGUACUCCGGGGUUGAUGUUGUGGAUGUUCUGAGUGACCGCAUGCAGAACACCUUCGAUCCAACCCCGUUGGACAAAGGACUAGCAAUGCAGGCACAAACCUCCGGGCAGCUUAAUGCAAAGCAGCGAGAACUUCUUGAGUUGCAAGCUCUCGCUCAGCGUCGUCUGAAGGGCGUUCGCGCCAACUUCUCCGAUGGCAUCAAAGUUGCUCGGGAAACCAAGCGGGAUCUGGAAUGGACUCAGAAGCGUGUGAACGCGUUGAAGACGAAAGCCGAGAGCGUACACCCAGACGAGUACCGACGAGCAACCAAAAAAUACACCUAUGACGACAACUGAGCUUCGCGCACGAGGCAAAAAACGACCAACCUUCUCUAAUUUUUCUGGUGACUUUAUGACUUUAAUCGGUUUAUAUUUUCUUAACGACGGUGGCAACGAACUGUUUUGAAAACGUUUGAUUUUUGAUGACCCUGGCGAGGUUUGUUUGCUGCUUUU